AUGUUAGGAAAUCAACCCAUAUUCCCUACAUCUAAUGUCCCAUUUCAACCAUUCAAUCCUUCACCAUAUUAUCAAAUUCCUCCAAACUUUCAAGCGUUCGGAAGUUCAUCAUCUCCUCAAUUCAUGAUGCAAGCGAAUGAAGCAGUGGGCACCCCACAACAUUGCACACCUAUCAAUUUAGCAGAUGAUGAUGUGCCUCACAAUUCAAAAAAUAAAGAUACGAGGAAGGUGUGGAGCUGGAAUGAAGACGAACUUCUAAUCAGUGCAUGGCUGAACACAAGUAAGGAUGCCGUAACCAACACUGACCAACCAAGUAGUGCUUUCUGGAAAAGAAUUGCAACGUACUAUAUGGAGAACAAGCCCGAAAGUGCAACGAGCAGAGGUGUUACUCAAUGUAAAAAUCGUUGGAGUAAAAUAUGUAAGUCAGUGCAAAAAUUUGUUGGGUGUUAUGAGGAGGCCAAUCGAAACAUGCGCAGUGGACAAUCAAGCACGGAUGUCCUCAAUGCAGCAAAGAAAAUAUACUCAAAUGACGGUGAGAGCAAAGACUUCGUCCAUGAAGAUGCUUGGCGUAUACUCAGAAAUGAGCCUAAAUGGAAGGCCAGUUACUGCGAAUCAUCUCAUAACAGUGGUGGAAGUUCAAAGCGAACAAAAACGAGUGAAGACGGUGGAUACUCAGGUUCGUGUCCGGCGACACCAUACUUUGAUGUGGAUGACCCAACUCCUCCUACUCGUCCCCCUGGUAUUAAAGCAAGUAAGAAGAGGGGGAAACAGGUGCAAAACGAGACAUUCAAUUCAAGUCCUACUGAAAAUUAUGAAAAAUUUUACGAAAAAAGCAGUGAAUUUAGCUCAAGUAUGGAACAUAUGGCAGCAGUCAAGGAGUAA